GUAGGUAGGUAGGUAGGUAGGUAGAACUCCAAUUGCGAUGGUGUCUGGAAGCGCUCAACAGUGGCGACAGAGGAUGCUUCUUUGUCCUUUGUUUUCAUCCCUUGGUGUGAUCUCUUUGUUGAAGACUCACCAAAUAAUCCAAAAUCUCAACACCACAGCCCUAAUACUCAAUACAACUCACAAAAGCAUCGUCAAGAUGUCCUUCCGAGCAUCUAGAGUCCAAUCCCGAAUAAUGGAUCCGGAACUACCACCCAACGUCUCCACCGUCUUAUCCUCCCUAAUUCCCUCAUUCUUCUCCCCAAGUGGCCGUGGCUCCAUUUCUCCGUACACCAUAUCAGCAGGAUCGCGAGUCUAUUCUCCGACGAUGCCGUUGCAUUCUUGUCAGGAAGGCUGGCGCGAGAGCUUCACGAGCAUUGAGGAAGGGAGCGAAAAAGGGGACAGCAAGGUGGAGGAGGGGUUGUUAGCCAAACAGCAAGACCCCGAAGAAGGGCUACAGGCAGGGAAGAGGAUGCAGGGAAGGAACAUAACCAAGGCGGCACUGGAGAUCGUGACGCUUCUUGUGCUGGGAGCGGCACUUCUGGCUUUGGUGGUUUGGUGCUCGAGUAGCAUGCCGAAAAUGAUGGAAUCUCCGCAGAGUGUCUAGGGUGUUGAGGCGAUUUGGCUCUGUAUUGCAGGUCCUUGAUAGGAAGGUAUGAUAGGUAUGGUGGGGUGCAAUUCCAGUCGAGCCUUUCAUUGUCAAUCGAGGUAGUGCUUGUGAGGAUAUGGGUGUUGAAUUUCAUUUGCUUUGGUUGUUUUUUCGGUUUAUUCUUGAUACCCAGGGUGGCUGCUUCUGCGUAGAUGUUAAAUACCUGCGCUGAUAAAAUCAAUACCAACAGAGGUUCAAGAACGAAAAUCAAGCAGGUAAUGAAGCCACCUUGAGCAGAUAACCA